GUUUUUCUGUCUCUCUGGCCUCUGCUCGUUCUUCUUCUUCUUCCUUCUUCCACAAUUCAUUACCUUUCUUCUUCAAUUCUAGUCUCCCUCUCUCUUCUCACUCGCCGGAAAGUUCUAAUGCCGGUCGCGUCCAUUACUGGAGACAAAUCUGCAGUGAGACCAAUCAAUGACGCCAAGCAUUCCGCCAAAAAGACGAAGUCUUUAUGCCCGGUUACGCUUCUGGACAGUGUAGCAUUGUUACUUAGUUUGUUACUCCCAUGAAGUUGACGUGCUUGAGCAGCGGUACUGGCUACCAGUACCCUCCGUGUCACAUUCUUGAAGAUGUGUGUGGGUUUAGGAUAUUGCUGGACUGCCCACUAGACCUUUCUGCACUCUCGGUCUUUUCCCCAGUUCCUCCUGAUAACGGCUUUGUAUCUGAUGGAGAAAGCUCGCACAUUUCAGCCCGUGAUUGUUACGACAAGGAACAGGAGAUUCGGAAGAGGCAGAAAUUUGGAACACCACUUCAUGGGGAAGACUUGAUUCACGAUGAACUUUGGUACAAAACUGUAAAGAAUUUGCACCUCUGGGACCCUUCUUCUAUUGAUGUUGUGCUGAUAUCAAGUGUCAUGGGGAUGCUUGGAUUGCCGUUUCUUACUCGUGCUGAAGGUUUCUCUGCAAAGAUUUAUGUGACUGAUGCAGCUGCGAGGCUGGCACGGCUUAUGAUGGAGGAUCUUGUCUCAAUGAAUAUGGAAUUUCAGUACUUUUAUGGUCCCAGGGAGUCUGGUGCUCCUCAUUGGAUGAGGAGGGAAGAACUUGAGUUGCUCAGGCCUGAAGUUAAGGAGGUAGUGGUUGGCAAGGAUGGGAGUGAGCUGGGUGUGUGGAUGCCACUUUACAGUUUGGCAGAUGUGAUGGAUUGUAUGCAGAAGGUCCAAACACUUAAAUAUGCAGAAGCAGCAUGCUACAACGGAACCUUGGUCUUAAAACCAUUCAGCUCAGGUUCAGAGAUAGGAUCCUGUAAUUGGACGAUUGAUGGUCCCAAAAGAAAUAUCACGUGGCUUUCCUGCUCAAUAUUUGCUUCUAAACAUGCAAUGAACUUUGAUUAUGAUGCAUUGAGGGGACGCGAUCUGGUGUUAUAUUCAGAUAAGCAGUUCCUGCCUUUAAUGGAUGAAGUUCAAAGCAAUGAUGCUUCUUCAACCAUUCCAUCUAAGGAUUUAUCAGAUCUAAGUAGGUGUUGCAGUGCUGAUAAAGAUGAUUGGAAAAAAUUGUCUGAAAGCUUACUGAGUACUGACGAGAUUUUAGAAAAAGAGAAAUUAGAUUUUAUUUGCUCAUGCAUUCUCCAGUCUGUUCAAGCUGGUGGUUCAGUCGUUAUACCUUAUAAUCGACUUGGAAUUCUUCUGCAGCUAUUGGAAAUGAUACCGGUCCUCCUUGAGUCGUUGGCAGCAGAUGUUCCGAUUUACGUUAUCUCUUCAAUAGCUGCUGAACUAUUAGCAUUCACUACCGUCGUACCAGAAUGGGUGUGUAAGCCACGACAAGAGAAGAUGUUUUCUGGUGAGCCGAUGUUCUCCCAUGUCGACCUUAUGAGCAAAAGGAAGCUUCAUGUAUUUUCAGCUAUUCACUCUCCUGAACUACUAACCACUUGGCAGGAACCUUGCAUCAUAUUUGCUUCACAUUGGAGUCUAAGACUUGGUGCUGUUGUUCAUUUGCUUCGGCGCUGGGGUGGUGAUGCUAACUCUCUACUUAUCUUAGAGGAUGGGGUUGAUGCUGAUAUUGCCCUUCUGCCUUUCAAGCCUCUGGAAAUGAAGGUUCUGCAGUGCUCUUUUCUUCCCGAGAGAAGGCUACCUAAAAUUGAGUGUCUGCUGAAGUUACUGCAGCCAAAGAUUCUGGUGCUCCCUGAUGAUCUGAAGGAGAAGCUGGAUUUCUCAAAUCCCAGUUCGGACAAAUUUCCAGUCCUCUACUACACAGAAGGCAAAACAUUAUGUUUACCAAGCUCCCCAGAAGGAAGCGUGGACCUAGAAAUCGCAUCUGUUUUGGCCGAGAGGCUUGUUUGGCAAACCUUGGAAAAGCAUGAUGUAAUGUACACACGAUUGGAAGGAGAGCUAGUUAUGGAGCAAGGCAAAUUCCGGCUACUACCUGGAAUCGCAAGAGCAGAUUCGCACCUAUCAAAAACCAAGGAAAUGAAAACCGAUGCAGGUUAGUCCCAGACAUCGCCCGAAAGGCUCUCGAACCAUCUUCAUACAAAGGUCAUUCAUGGAUGAUGGAUCCACAGAAGGAAUUUGCCAUGUUGCAUACAGCCCUCGACUUAAGCACCAUUUGCCUACUAACCUGGAUAACACAGAAGAUACUGUAAUAAAUGUAAAUGUAAUGGUGGUACCAAGUUCCAGCUGUCACUCUAGACUUCUAUAUUAUACUCAUCUUUGUCAAAAUUCCAGCCUACCAUAUGGGAUGGAGGUUGAGAUUGGCUGACAAGAUGCUUUCCAGAAGCUGUUGUUUUUCUUUAUUUCAUUUGUUGACUACUGAGUAACACAGAGAUAGAAAGAAAUAUAUAACAUACAGAGGGAUAUAGCUCACAGAUGGUCUUUUCUUUUUCCUUCUUUCUAUUUAACAUAACCGGGCAAAUCUGCUCAAACAUUGACAAUAUAAUCAUUAACAUCCACCCCACAUAGCCAAAAGCCUUCUUCAAUCCCUAGUUGAAAAAUUGAAAAAAUGGAAACCAGAUUAAACAAAAAAAGAGAGGCCAACACCAAA